AUGUGCUUUCAAACAACAAAUCAAGGUGUACAGACACCGUUAGAAGCCUCUAUCGACGCUAACCAGCCCAAAAUCAGCAGCACACAGCGCUCAUUGCCUGUCAACGAUGAGCUCGAACGUUUCCGAUCAGAGUGGAAGAAGGAGGUCCAGGCGAGAGGUCACGCAACGUAUGCUCAACCACCGGCUUCUUCCUCGGUUUCUGCCUCUACCAGCAAGGUAGCACAAGGCUCAGCUGCAAAGAACCGACCUGCUGCGCAGCCAACACCACCCGCCUCUUCAUCAAGAGCGCCAAGCCAACCACAGAUAGAACCUGCUACACCGGUGGACGAUGGCCAAGAGGCAGCAGAGUACGACCAGAGUCAGAUCGGCAAGCUUCAUGUUGAUGACCACUCUUCUCUGCCUUUCCCGGAAGCAAAGAUCUACGCACCUGCAGCGCUCAAGUACUCGAAAAGUGCGCACAACAUGCCUCAACCUCCUACCGCCCAACAAUCUCAAACUACUGAUCUACCAGAGCCACUUGUGCCAGUCGAAUAUCACCCGGCACCUUUCACAUUAGAAUCUGCAUACGCCACCUCAUCAUCAUCCACAGCCAACGGCGUCUCUCAUUCUCUUAGAGAGCCCAUUCGUGCAGCGGCUGCAACUUUCAGCUCUUCCACCUCUCCUUCUCCACCACUUGCGCCGAAGCAGCAGCAAGAAGAUGCCGAAUUGGCUCCGCACUCGGAAGCAUCUGGCUCUUCCUCUAAGCCAACACCGCCACGUGCACCACGCAUCAUUGCCACCCCAAACGCACCCGCCAAUGCGAGCGAAGCUACUCAGACAGGUAUGCGUAGUGCAGUUGAAGCUUACGCACAUGCAGUCGACAUGGAGCGCAGCGGUCAGCUCGAUGAUGCCCUGUCUUCCUAUCGUCGUGCAUUCAAGCUCAAUAGUAACGCCGACAGGCUCUACCACCGCGCACACUUGCUUCUCACCGACGCGACACUGGCGAAUACGUCAUCUCUACAGAAUGAUGCAUUGCUUUCGAGCCCGGCUAUUGCAGACAAAGUCCGCAAGGCGCUCGACUUUGACGACCAUCGCUAUGUCGCUAUCAAAGAGAGACAGGCCAAGGAGGCAGAGGCUCGAGCGAGCGGUGAACCGGUAGAAGAUGGCGAGAUUAAGACAGCAGCAGCGCCUACGUCGGCUGCCCACGGCAGCGAAAAGGCACCGAGGGCCACAGAGUCAUGGCCUGACGGACUAGCGAAGUUGCUAGACAAACUCUCCUUAGAAGGUGGCAGAGAUCGAGGCUUUGGCAUGGUUGCAUUCGAGCCAGAGGACGAAGAGAAGGGCAUGCCAAUAGCAAGGCUUCCAGAUGAGGUACUGCUACAUAUCCUGCGAAUGCUCAUUCAGCCGCGAGGCAGAAGAGGCGCCAGGGUUGUGAAGCCAAAGCCGACGCCAGAAGAGCAAGCCGCGAUGGACGCUGCCACUGCUGCCUUGAUGGGUAAAAAGACGGAUGCUGGCAAAGGCGAGGGGAAGAAGCCGAGCAAGGCAACAGAUGCACUUGCAGCCAACGGCGCCAAGCCAGAGAAGGCAGCAGCACCCACAACAAACGGCACAGCCCCAACUGCAGCUGCUUCCGCCGCCACCACUGCUGACGCAGCAGCCAGCGCAGAUAAGGCUGAAAAGGCAAAGGCAUCCGACAACUCAGUCGCCGGCGCCAUCACACGAAAGCAACCGCUCGGUAUCGGCGUCGUACUUGGCGGAGCCGACUGGCAAUCGCUCGAAAUCCUCGGUCGAACGUGCUGGAAGUUCCGUCUUCUCACCAAGUCUCCCUCCCUCUGGCGCGAGAUCGUCCGCAAGACCUACUAUCCACCCAUUCUUGACCCUUCUCUCACCCUUGCAACCCUCUACGAGCGACACCACUCGGACUGGCGCACCGUCUUCAUCAACCAACCACGUCUCCGACUCAAUGGUUGCUACAUUGCUGCUUGUCACUACGCACGACCUGGUCUCAGCGAAGAUGCGUGGGUGCGAGUUAUUCACGUCGUCGAGUUCUAUCGUUCAAUCCGAUUCCUUCCCGACGGAACAGCACUUUCACUUCUCACCACAGACCCACCCUCUGAAACAGUACGAAAGCUCGAACCGGGUCUCAAAGCGAAAGGAUUCUCCAAAGGCCAAUGGGAACUCUUCGAAGAGGGCUUGGAGGAUGAUGAAGAGGAAGCUCGACCCAGAGGUCCGAAGGUAGUAGUGGAGGAUCUGAGAGAUAAGAGCAUGCAAAAGUAUGCUUUCAGGAUGGUGUUCGGAUUGAGGAGCACGACGAGAGGUAGAUGGAACAAGUUGAAUCUAUUGGAGUAUUAUAGUGUCAAUCUGACGAAUGGGGAGGUGCUGCCGCUGCCACAGAAGCAUUCGAGGCCGUUUCACUUUUCGAGAGUUAUUGCGUAUGGUGUGUAA